GAGAGCGGUUCGGAAACGUUCGUGUUCCCGUCCUUCCGAAGCGAAAACCACAACUUCCGCUGUUUUAGAAACAACCUACUGGUGUUUUUGUGCAAGACUAGGGUUCAACUUUGUUCCGAAGUUGCACAAACUCUAGGAGGAUGUCGGCAGCAAGCAGUGCGUGGGGUUUGGGUGACGUCAGGAGAAAGGCGAAAAAGGAUUCUUCUGUGCGAUCUGUCAGAGAGGAGAAACGCUACAAUUGUGAGGAGUGUAACAAGCAGUUCAGUUAUCUGGGUAAUCUGAAGACUCACAUGCGGACUCACACAGGUGAGAAACACUACAGGUGUGAGGAGUGCAGCAAGCAGUUCAGUCAGCUGUGUAAUCUUGAAAGACAUAUGCGGACUCACACAGGGGAGAAACCGUACAACUGUGAGGAGUGCAGCAUGCAGUUCAGUCAGCUUGGCAGUCUAAAGAAACACAUGCGGACUCAAACGGGGGUGAAACCGUACAAGUGCGAGGAGUGCAGCAAGCAGUUCAGUCAACUGAGUCAUCUUGAGGAGCACAUGCGGACUCACACAGGGGAGAAACCCUACAGGUGUGAGGAGUGCAGCAAGCAGUUCAGUGUGCUGUGUAAUUUGAAGACUCAUAUACGGACUCACACAGGGGAGAAACCCUACAGGUGUGAGGAGUGCAGUAGGCAGUUCAGUGAGCUGGGUCAUUUGAAGAGUCACAUGCGGACUCACACAGGGGAGAAACCGUACAGGUGUGAGGAGUGCAGCAGGCAGUUCAACGUGCUGGGUGCUCUGAAAAGACACAUGCGGACUCACACAGGGGAGAAACCCUACAAGUGUGAGGAGUGCAGCCUGCAGUUUAGUCAGUCGGGUGCCAUGAGGAGACACAUGCGGACUCACACAGGGGAGAAACCCUACAGAUGUGAGGAGUGCAGCAGGCAGUUCAGUGAGCUGGGUAAUCUUAAGAAACACAUGCGGACUCACACAGGGGAAAAGGAUUUAGUUUCCAAGAUAAGUUGCACAAGAUCUAGGAGGAUGUCGACAACAAGCGGAGCCCAGAGUUCGGGAGACACCAGGAAAAGGGUGAAAAAGGGUUCCUCUGUGCGAUCUGUCAGAGAGGAGAAACGCUACAGGUGUGAGGAGUGCAGCAGGCAGUUCAGUCAUCUUGGUAAUCUGAAAGCUCACAUUAGGACUCACACUGGUGAGAAACCCUACAGGUGUGAGGAGUGCAGCAGGCAGUUUAGUCAGCUGGGUCAUCUGAAAAGUCACAUCCAAACUCACACAUGUGAGAAACCCUACAUGUGUGAGAAGUGCAGCAAGCCGUUUAAUCAGCUGUGUGAUCUGAAGACUCACAUGCGGACUCACACAGGUGAGAAACCCUACAAGUGUGAGGAGUGCAGAAGGCAGUUCAGUCAGCUGGGUGAUCUGAAGAAACACGUGCGGACUCACACUAAACACACGCGGACUCACACAAGGGAGAAACCCUACAGGUGUGAGGAGUGCAGCAGGGAGUUCUCUCGGCUGGAUACUAUGAAGAAACACAUGCGGACUCACACAACAGGACUUGUACAAAAAAUGGCAACAACAAGCAGUGUCCAGGGUUUGGGUGACGUCAGGGGAAAGCUGAAAAAGGAUUCUUCAGUGCGAUCUAACAAAGAGGAGAAACGCUACAGCUGUGAGGAGUGCAGCAGGCAGUUCAGUCGAUUGGGUGAUCUGAAAACACACAUGCGGACUCACACAGGGGAGAAACCCUACAGGUGUGAGGAGUGCAGCAAGCAGUUCAGUAAGCUUGGGAAUCUGAAGACUCACAUGCGGACCCACACAGGGGAGAAACCCUACAGUUGUGGGGAGUGUAGCAAGCAGUUCAGUCAGCAGGGUGAUCUGAAGAAACACAUGCGGACUCACACAGGUGAGAAACCUUACAAAUGUGAGGAGUGCAGCAGGCAGUUUAGUGUGCUGCAUAAUCUGGAAAAACAUGUGCGGACACACACCGGUGAGAAGCCUUACAGGUGUGAGGAGUGCAGCAGGCGAUUCAGUGAACUGGUUACUCUGAAAAGACACAUGCGGACUCACACAGGGGAGAAACCCUACCGUUGUGAGGAGUGCAGCAGACAGUUCAGUCAGCUGGGUGCUAUGAACACCCACAUGCAGACUCACACAGGGGAGAAACCCUACAGGUGUGAGGAGUGCGGCAAGCAGUUCAGUCGGCUGGAUACUCUGAAGAUUCACGUGCGGACACACACAGGGGAGAAACCUUACAAAUGUGAGGAGUGCGGUAGGCAGUUCAGUGAGCUGGGUUCCCUUAAGAAACACAUGCGGAUUUACACAGGGGAGAAACCCUACAGGUGUGAGGAAUGCAGCAGGCAGUUCAGUCAGUUGGGUUAUCACACAGGGGAGAAACCCUACCAGUGUGAAGAGUGCAACAGGCAGUUCAGUCGGCAGAGUGAUCUGAAGACUCACGUGCGGACUCACACAGGAGAGAAACCCUUUAAAUGUGAGGAGUGCAACAGGAAGUUUAGUCGGCUGGAUAGUCUGAAGAAACACUUGCGGACUCACACAGGGGAGAAACCCUACAGGUGUAAGGAGUGCAGCAAGCAGUUCAGUCAGCUGGGUGAUCUGAAGAGACACAUGCUGACCCACACAGGGGAGAAACCCUACAAGUGUGAGGAGUGCAGUAGACAGUUUAGUGUGCUGAAUAGUCUGAAGAGUCACAUGCGCACUCACACAGGUGAGAAACCGUACAGCUGUGAGGAGUGCAGCAGGCAGUUCAGUUAUCCGGGCAGUCUAGAGAGACACAAGAGGACUCACACAGGUGAGAAACCCUACAGGUGUGAGGUGUGCAGCAGACAGUUCGGUGAGUCGGGUGCUCUGACGAAACACAUGCGGACUCACACAGGGGAGAAACCCUACAUGUGUGAGGAGUGCAGCAAGCAGUUCAGUGAGCUGGUUAAUCUGAAGAGACAUAUGCGGACUCACACAGGGGAGAAACCCUACCGGUGUGAGGAGUGCAGCAAGCAGUUCAGUCAGCCAGGUGAACUGAAGACUCACAUGCGGACUCACACAGGUGAGAAACCCUACACGUGUGAGGAGUGCAGCAAGCAGUUCAGUCGACUGGAUUCUCUGAAAAAACACAUGCGGACUCAUACAGGGGAGAAACCCUACAGGUGUGAGGUGUGUAGCAGAAAGUUCAGUCAGCUGGGAAAUCUCAAGACUCACAUGCGGACUCACAGGGAAAACUCAAAGAUGUGA